CCUACAGCUGGCUGCACUCCCAGAUGCGUAAGGAGGAAAGGGGCUGGGACGAACACACCACAGAAAUAUCACAAUCACAUUAACCUGGAACAAGUGGCUUCCAACGACAAGGGUACAAGCAGAUGCUGAACACUUCUCCAUUUCUCUCCAAGGAUGUUCUGACUAGUAUAUGUUGUGCCUUAUUCCUAAGCCAUGCGCCAUCAUUUCCCACUAUGCUUCCAAUUUUGGCUUUGUCUUCUGGGAGAGCUAAAGCUGUAUGAAGCCAAUCUUCGGCAGCCAAGCAUUUCCUUCAUAGCCAACUAUGCAACGUACCUGACAGGAGAGCCUGUUACUCUGCAGUGUCAAGUUACUGUUGACUUUACAAUACAUGGAUAUAAAUUCUAUAGGAACGAUCGGGAAAUUCAUAGGUUGGAAAUAUCAUCAAACAGGCUAAGAUUAUCUUCAGCAAAAACAAGUGAUGCUGGUUCCUAUAGCUGCCGAUACUGGGUGUUAGAUUCCAGAGGGAAGCGGGAAUCCGAUGUCAGCUUUCCAAUAUCUUUGACUAUAAUGGACCAGCCAUCUCAACCACGUCUACUAGUACAACCUAGACAAUUACUUUACUUUGAAGGAGAAUCUGUAAGUUUGGAAUGUGAACAUCCCCCUGUAAAUACUCAGGUCAGUUAUCAGUUUCAGAAAGAUUCCAGAAAACUGGAUAGCUACCAUGAUACUCUGAGAUCCAUCCACCACAUUGAAUUCUUAAGUAUACAGGACUCUGGGACAUACAAUUGUGAAUACUCAAUAUCGGGACACCAAAGAACAUUUUGUUCACCGAAAAGUAUGCCAGAAACGAUUACUGUUACAGCAUUAUCUAGCGCUCCGUGGUUGAACUUUGUGCCUUCCUAUGCCACAUUCAUAAAAGGAGAAAAUGUUACAAUGGAGUGUGUGGCUCCUUCUCCAGUUGCUGUAACCCUGUAUCGUUUCUACAAAGAGGUAGAGAUCAGAGGACCAUUAUCCAGCAAAGGGUUAUUAUCAUUGCACAACAUCACUAAAAAUGAUCAGGCUGAAUAUACAUGUAUGUACUGGAGCCCAAAAAGCAACAGAGAAAUCCCAUCCACUCAAAGUCAUACAAGAGAGAUUUAUGUUAUAGAUCAUUUGCGUCCACCAAUGUUGACUGCAGAUCCUCCUAAUGGAAGAAUCAAAGAUGGAGGAAAUGUAACUCUGCACUGCAUUAUCAAGGAAAGUUAUGAAAGAGCAAUAUUCCACUUUCUUAAUGAAACAGAUGAGGUGGCCAGUGUACAUACCUACAAACCGCAGACAAGAGCAGCAGCAAUAACCAUAAAUGUGAAGAAAAAUAAUAACACCUCCCCUACCAAAUACUCUUGCCAAUACACAGCAGAGAUCAAGGGACGUUUACUGCUGUCACCAAUGAGCCCGCAAGUUGAGAUCAUUAUAGUAACAACUGGGUCUCUGCUGUGGCUGAUCGCUAUGGGAGUUGCUGUUGGCAUUGCAGUAUUGAUCAUAAUUCUCAGUUUGGUCUAUUGGAUCAUUUCAGGCAAAAAAGAUCCACCAGAAGAUGUUCCGGAAUCUAAGACACAGUCUAAUGGUGGGUGCAAAGUGACCUCAUUGUAGCAUGUGGCAAGUGACAAGAUGAUGGCUUUUCCUUAUAAAACAAUAGCUAUGAAAGCAAAGAUCCGGGAAAAGACGUAAAUGCAUUUAACAUAUGUGCAUAGAAGGAUGGAGUACACAGUUUGUGAUGACGAUAAUAACUCAGGGUACUUUAACAAUGAACAUAGAUGCUUAUAAAUCCAUCAUUCACAACA